AUUCAAUAUUGACCAUCAACGCUAAGGACCAUAGAAGAAAGGAAACAAGAAUAAACAUGAACACCACCAAUACUGUACUUAGAAAUUUUGGAAUCAACUAAGUACUUCUUAAGAAUUUUGGAUACAAAUUCUGUACUUGAGAAAUUGAAGAGCACAAAAACUGGAGAAAAAUGGCCUCGCUCGCGCCUGGUCGGACGAUGUUCCGCCGACAUCUUUCCACCCUCGUUCUAGGGUCUUGCGGGUGUGUCUUCUUGCUCCGAUACCAGUCCCAUCAAAAUAAACGACAUGCGGUGUGUGUUAUGGUAGGAACACGAAGAGGGAGUGUGACUCAGUCACAAGAUUAUAUUCAUAUCAAGUAGGAAGAAGAUGAAGAUUCGAAAAUUGCUUAGUUUGUCGUGAAACAAACUAGUGAGUUGCUACGUCGUCGGUUUCGAUUUUGUGAUGCGUUCAAUUUUCAUCAUACUCCCAUUAUUUUUUUCCACAUGAUGAUUGAAAGAAGGAAGCAGUCUUUUCCUUCUCUAAAAUGCCUGGGCAUGAUGGUGGCACGACGACAAAGCUCGUGUCAAUAGACGAAUGGGAAAGGUUGAGGCAGUUUCGCAGAAAUAUCUCGUGCGCUGUAUUUCCGAAGUCGAAUGCGGACGGAGGUAAAGACAAUGCAGACCGAGAAGUGUGGAUCACUUCGCCGAGUCGGUUAUUGGGGCUUGUCUUAAGGCAAGAAAGCAUUGUACUUCAAUUUCGAUUUUACUUAGUAGGCUACUAGCACUAGCACUAGCCACUAGAAUUUCGAUUUAUUUUCCCAACGAAAUGGACUUUCUUCAUCCUAGAGCACUAGCAAUUCUUCAAAAAGUACUAGCACUAGUGGGAGAACGAAGGAUGCAUCCUCUUGCCUCUACAACAUUGCUAGUGCACUAGUAGGAACGAGUCCGACUGCAGCUUCCUAAGACUCGUUUAAGUCCAUCUCGUCUAUUGGAUGUUGUGCCUCUUUCAAAACGUUCACCUAAAAACUAGUACCUCUACGUCUACAGCAGUGCUGAUCUCGCUAAUAUCCUUUGCAGGAGCGUUUGUUUACAGAGCCUCUGGGAUUUUCACGCAGAUAAUGGAAGCACGCUGUCGGGAUGCGGCUUAUCAGAUUCGACGACCUGAGUUUUUGCAGACAAAAAUAUUUGCGUUAAAAGCAGGACUUUUCGGCAACCUCCUUCUUCCUGUCGGCAUGCUAGCUGGCUUCGUAACGGCUGUAGGAGUAUCAGCUGCUGCUUUAGAAGCAGGAGAACGCAUGUUCUUGGGAUGUGGAAUGGCGAGUAGAGCCAGUGAUAUUCAAGGGACGGCUUCUGCUACCAGCUGCACAUCUAGCACUUUAUCAGAGAGCUUAAACUCGUCUGUCGUAGUUACCGAUGCGGUGACCGACCUCUCACGACAAGCCAAAGCACUCUGGAACGAACAAGCGUUUUGUGUGCGUGCCUCAGGUCGGGAGUCCUUUUUACAAGCGAGGGAACUACUCGCGCCAAUAUUUGAAUCGUUAAACACUUCAAGCUUGUCCGAAUUCAGUAGGCACAUGCUCGCUGGGAGAGAUGCCUUCUGAUGAUUUUUGAUGUGAUUACCACACAUAUUAUAGCUGUAGACGAGGUUUCUUGAAGAUCAUGUUGUCAGACAGAAAACAUGGUGAGCAAAUCCGGAACAUCUUCCACGAGUCAUCCACCCUGGUGGCCCAGGGCGACGGAGUGCUGUGUUCCAUUCGAUGAAAAUUCCCUGGAG